AUGCAUAAAGAGAUCGACCAAUUAAUUUCAUGGUUACAGCAAUCAAAUGAUUUCUAUCUCAAUGAGAAAGUGGCAGUAAAGAAUAUACCAAAUGAAGGGAAGGGUAUUGUUUUAUUAGAUGGCCAAAUUAGAAGGAAUGAAAUUGUUAUAUCUAUACCUAGUACUCACCAAAUAAAUUUUAAUUCCGUUUUAUAUCAUAUUUCAAAGUUCAAUUCAAAUAUCAAUGUCCCCCAUAUAACACAUAGCGGUGAAGAACAAGAUAAAAUAUCGCAUAUGUAUGAUGAACCAAGAGUAAAAGCAUACAAUAUUUUUACAACAGAGUCUUUAUUGAAAAUGAGUUCAUUCCAGUUAUUGUCUCUAUACAUCCUUGCAGAAUGGAUAUUCUUACCUAAAUGGAGCAGUAAUACCAUAGACUCAUAUUGGAAACCUUUCUUUAAUGUGUGGCCCAAAAUAGAUGAUCUAAAAUCCAUACCUGCGAUAUGGGAAAACUCAAAUAUUUCACAAUAUAAAUUGUUGUUACCUUUUUUGACGAGUGAUUCUGAAAAUCAUUGCCAGAGACUUAAUAACCUUAUAUCUCAUGAUUGGGCCGUAAUCCAGCCUAUUCUUGAAGAAUGGCUACUGCUGUUUGACAUUCAGUACAACAUCGAGGACGUUUAUGAGGAUUAUUUGCAUGUCUAUUUUAUAAUCAACUCACGUUGUCUCUAUUCAGAAAUACCACUAAAAAAGGAAGAUAUUGCAAGUAAAUUUACUUUGGUACCGUAUGUUGAUUUUAUUAACCAUUCAGCUGAAAUGGACCGCUUUUGUUUUCCUAAAAUAGAAUAUACACAUGCAAAUAUAUCUGAUGUAGGACAGUUUGUAAUACGUGGUGGACCAUACACUUAUAAAAUUCCUAACGAACAGAUACUUUUCAAUUAUGGUCCUCAUUCUAAUGAUUUUCUAUUGAAUGAAUAUGGAUUUACGCUUCCCACAAAUAGUUGGAACUAUCUUGAUAUAACAUAUAUUAUUAAUGAUAUUAUUGGGAAUGAUAACGACGUAACAAAAUAUUUGAAAACUAAUGAUUACUGGGGUGAAUACACAAUCAACCAGGACGGUUUUAAUUAUAGGGCUACCGUGGCGUUGAGUUUAUUUGUGACUAAAGAUUACCAAAGGGUCGAUAAACUCAUUUUGGGUUAUAUGUCUGAGGAUUACUUUGCCAACAAGAUUGUAAAUAUCACAACAGAAAUUUUAAAUAAUUUAUUGCUAGAAUAUCAACAAAAAAAUGAUGCUUUAAUAAAUUUAGAUACCUACAAUGAAACAGAUCCAUGCUUUUAUAAUUUAUCUAAUAUAUAUAAGGGGCAUGUUGAUAUGUUGACUGAUGUUAAGAAUAAAUUAUGA